GAAGAACUAAAAGCGAAAGAAGAAAAGAGGCGGAAUAAAAAGGUAAAGUCGCCUAAAAUCUUCCCGGAGGGAAAAGAGACGGAGAUUCCAAAGGAAACACACCAAGACAGGCUACUUCGGCACCUCCGAUCUCGUUUACGUCCUUUGGCAAGGCACCCUGUGUUCGGCCCCAGACUAGACCAGAGCGACAACGCCUUGAUCAAAUGGCUCGACGCAGCAGAGAACAACGUCUUUCUUGCCGCCAGCAAAAUCCGGAAGUGCCUCGAGUUCCGCCGAGACAUGGAGCUGGAUGACAUACUUGUGAACUUCGACCCACCUGGAGUGCUGGUCACCUACUACCCUGGUGGCUUCUGUGGUGUAGACAAACAGGGCUCACCCGUGUCGUAUGAGAUGCUAGGCCUUUUGGAUCUGAUGGGCAUCAUGGCAUCCGUCUCAAGGCAAGAUCUCUUCAAGUACAGACUUUACCAGUAUGAGCUUAUCACGAAGGAGCUCAAGAGACUGUCAUCUCAACGGAAGUCCCCAGUGGACAAUAUCCUGGUCGUGGUGGACAUGCGCGGCACAGGAAGGGAAAUAAUGUGGGGACCUGGACUCGUCUUCUGGGCAGAGGUUAUUCAGCUGGUACAGAACUACUACCCUGGUCUAGUGAAGGAGAUUGUAGUCAUCCACCCGCCUCCCAUCUACCCGGAAAUCUACCUGGCCUUUCGCCCAUACUUCAACCGCAGACUUCGGGAACGGAUCACUGUCCUAGGGGCCAACUAUUUCCAACAUCUUUUGAAAAGAAUUGAGAAACACGAGAUACCGGCCUUCCUGGGCGGUUACCGCUGUGACUUUGAUGGGAACAGUCUGUGCCGCACCAGCCUCAACUGGCACUCACACGUACCAAAAUGGACACAUUUCACGAACGCCAAAAUGGCAGCGGACGUCCUCGACCUUCAUAUACUGGGCGGCUGCAGAGUGACCAUGGAGUCGAAGUACCGAAACUAUGGCCUCGUGUGCUCACAAGCCGGUCGCUACCUCAUGGUGUUCGACAACAGCAAGAAUAUGGCUCACCCCCUAAAGCUCCGCCUCCGAAUUGAGACAAGCCCGCCCGAGACUUUAGCGGCCAAAGUGGAACCCUGGGUACCUUUUGGAGAUACGGUGGACUUCUAUGAACCCAUGUCCGAGAGGGAGAAACAGAUGGCUUACGCCAACCGUUGCUGAGGGAGUCACUGAAAUUGUACAAGUUACUACCUUAGGUUGAACACCAUCUCGGUCGGCGGACCCUUGUCAAAGACGAAUUUCCGAGACCUCGACGCUCUGAUUUCCAAAGCACUGCUGUCCAUUUUGAGCAGGGUCAUAGCAGUAGAAGCUAAUUCAUUUGAUUUUUAUUUAAUGGGGAUUGCGUUGUGACAUUCUUUAUCCUUUGGGGUUGGGGGGGGGGCGGGGGGGGGAGGUGACUUAUAAGUAUUAUCGUCUUAUAAAGAUUGCGGGUAGUUGGAGUCGACUCACUGGCAGAGCCUUUUUAUUUUAUUCCCCUUGUUUCUGUCUGAGGUGUGCCUUACUUUUUCCCAUGCACAAGUUGCAUGUGUCGAUAUGCCUGUCUCUACUCAAUGCUGAGUAAAGGCUGAACAUAGAGAAGGGUGGAGGAAAGAAGUUGCCCGAUCAUCCUAGAUGCCCCAACGGUCAUCUAGACAAAGGGAUAAAUAAGUAUAUAAAUACUCAAGCAAUUGAGGCUUUAUAUACUUUUUUAGAUUAUAAAUCUAUGUAUUUUGUCACAGUCCUUUGACUGCGAUCCAUUUCUGAUCCCUACAAAUGUAUACUCUCCAU